GACACUGCACCACUGCAAUAAAAGAAGGUUCCCCACCUAGAAUCGGGGCAGCGGUUUGACACAUGCAGACCUAGGCAAACAAGGCAGGGUUACCUCACUGCUGCAGUCCCGCCAGCCCGCCCGGGUGCCCCCCAGCUUGCCCCCUGCCUUCGGCUUACUGUGCCCGAGUACUUACCACAGUACUUCGCAUACCUGGCGGAUUUGGUUACUGCGACUUCGUCAUCGCCUCCGAACAUCACCUCUCUUUACCUUACUGUCCGGUCGGCUCAGGCUGCCACUCGUGACCUUCCCUCCUUUGCCCCCGCCCCCAACACACGCAGCCCAACCCAACCUGACCGACCUCCUCGCCGACGACGGGCGAAUCGACGAAGAUACACACAAUCGCCAGCAUCGCAUUUCAGCCAGCCGCCAGGCCAAAUCGCCCAGCACGACUCGACUCCGCCCGACAAGAGCUCCCUCAGCUGCAGAGCAAGCCGCAACCAUGUUCCGCGCAGCAGCUCCGGGCCCCUACGAUGAGGCCGUCGCCAAGGCGACGGACGAGAACCUCACCUCGGAGGACUGGGGCUCCAUUAUGGAGGUUUGCGACCGCGUGUCUGGCGAUGCGAACGGCUCCCAGCAGGCUGUCCAGGCCCUGAUCAAGCGUCUGGCCCACCGCAACGCCAACGUGCAACUCUACACCCUCGAGGUCGCCAACGCCCUGAGCCAGAACUGCGGGAAGCCCAUGCACCGCGAGCUUGCCAGCCGCGCAUUCACGGAUGCCCUGCUGAAGCUGGCCAACGACCGCAACACCCACAACCAGGUCAAGGCCAAGAUCCUCGAGAGGAUGAAGGAGUGGUCCGACAUGUUCAGCAAGGACUCCGACCUGGGCAUCAUGUAUGACGCCUACUUCCGCCUCAAGCAGUCCAACCCCCAGCUACAACCGCCCUCCGCACCCCAGAAGAACAGCCUCACAGACGUCGACCGCCAGAAGGAAGAGGAGGAGCUCCAGAUCGCACUCAAGUUGAGCCUGCAGGAGGAGGAGAGGAAGAAGGCAGCCCAGCAACCAGCUGCCGCCGGUCCAAGCAACAGCGCGGGUCCCCAAGAGGCUGCCCCCGCCGCGCCCUUACAGCCAAUGCCUUCGGGAACUACGGCGGCGACGGUGAGCCGUGUACGCGCACUAUACGACUUUGUGCCGUCAGAGCCCGGCGAGCUCGAGUUCAAGAGGGGCGACGUUAUUGCUGUGCUGGAGAGCGUGUACAAGGACUGGUGGCGGGGCUCUCUGAAGGGCAAGACGGGCAUCUUCCCUCUGAACUAUGUGGAGAAGUUGACGGACCCCACCCCCGACGAGUUGCAGCGAGAGGCACAGAUGGAGGCCGAGGUCUUUGCCGAGAUCAAGAACGUCGAGAAGCUGUUGACGCUCCUCAGCACAAACAGCGCGCCGAGGGAGGAGGACAACGAGGAGAUCUCGAAGCUCUACCACCAGACAUUGGCGAUCCGGCCCAAGCUGAUCAAGUUGAUCGAGAAGUACUCACAGAAAAAGGACGACUUCACUCAACUCAACGAGAAAUUCAUCAAGGCACGCAGGGACUAUGAGGCCUUACUCGAAUCCUCCAUGUCACACCCGCCACAGUCCAACUACGGCCAGUACGCAAUGCGGCCAGCAAUACCUCAGGGCUAUGGAGGUCCUCCGGGGCCUGGUUAUCCGGGGCAAGGCCCUCCGCCGCAGCAUCAAGAGCCCCAGGGCUACGGCGCACCCCCCGGCCCAGGCUACCCUCAACAGCAACAGCAACAACCACCCCCACAAGACCCGCAGAGGUUCUACACUCCCGCACCCGCACAAGACCAACAACCCCCUCAUCAAUAUCAAGCAUACCCUCCUCAACAGCAUCCUCAAUCUACCCCUUCCCCUGCGUUCCAGAGACCCAGCGCUACCCCAGCACCUUUCUACAUGGCUGGUGCCGAGGUGCCCGCUACGGCGAACCAGCAUCAGUAUCCUCCUCAGAACUCGGGCCAGCGCGUUCCCUCUGCUGGAAAACAGCCCGAGGUGCCGCCUAUACAGACAAACACAUCGCCUCCACCGGCUGGCCAAUACGUCCCCUACUCCCGCCCACCCAUCCCAGGCUCACAACCACCACCACAAGACCACCAGCGGCCCCAGAGCACAUACGGGCCAGGCUCAGGCCCCAGCAACCCGCAGGAGCUGGCCACGUCCGUCUACGACUCCCCCAUCGCAUCCCACAACCCCCAGUCCGCAGCCACCUACACAACCUCUGCCUACUCGCCAGAUGACGGGCCCUCGGCGCCGAGCGAGCCUGGAUACCCGGCGCCGUCCGCCCCCUCUGCCCCCUCUGCGCCCUCCGGGGGAGCACCCGGCGUUCCUGGCAGUCUGAUGCCGGGCGCCCCGCCGCCGCUGCAGCCGAGCGGGGCUGCGUAUGACGCGAGGAGGGCGUCGGGCGGACAGUCGCAGUAUAAGCCUUAUGUGCCCCCGUCGAAUGCUUAUUAGUUUGAGUGUGCCGUUGCAGGGUGGGACCUGAGGAGGGAGGUUUGAAACGAGAUCAGGCCAGGCGUAAGCAAAUGGAACUGUACAUGGAAGAAAUUGUGUUGGGAGGGAGGAGUGCGCGUGUUGGAGAUACUUUGUGUGUUUUGGCAGCUGCUAGGAUAGGGGGGGCACACCCAUGGUGGUCCUUCGCUGCAAGCUUCAUGGUGCUUGCGACUGGCGGGCGGGCAGGCGGGCACGCAAUAUGCGAAGUGCAUCGGCGUUAAGUAACUAAUAUCAACAACCAGUAUAUUGGCAUGCUCACAAG